AAAUUAUGUAUUACAAAGCUGUUAAAAAUAAAAUAUGGAAAGACCAAAGUGUUUGUUGAUACUUUAGUUAUUUAAUGAUAUAAACAUUUAAAACCUUUUAAAAUAACUUCUUAAAAAUAGUAUAUUUAUGUGGUGUUCUGUUGCUUACUGCUUUAAUGUAAAACUACAGUGGUAUUGCUACCUUAAAAGUGCUGAAUGCUGGACAUGUUUUCCGUUUUACUGAUGAGAAAAUAAAGCAAGCAGGGUAGAGACAUGUAGAAUAGAGAUUGAGGGUGAGGACUAUGAGAACCUUAUGUAUCUAUAUCCACCGUAUUGCAGCACUGACCACAGGGCCUAGGAACAGGUAGACAUUCACACAGGGAGUAUUUGCUAGAUAAAAGGCAGGUUGGAAGAUGCAGGAGGGGAGUACGCAGAAUGGGAGGAAGAAAAGGAGAGAGGAAAGAUAAAAUUCUGAGUUUAAUUUUUUUUAUGUAUGUAAAGAGUUAGAAGUUUAAUUUUUAACAUUUUUUUAUUGAUGUUUCUUUCUGAACGACUGACCUACGUACUUAUGAUAUGAAACUGACAAUUUCUAACUGAAAUACAUCUUUUGAGAAAAAGGGGAGCACAUAGAAAGUAAAUCCAUACAUUGCAAUAUGAGACAAUUUAGCAAAAGGAAUAAAGUGAGAAAAGAUAUUUUAUUACAUGCCACCUAUUUUGCCUCUCAGACCAAAAUUGACUAUGAAGGGGUAGCUGGGAGUCAGCCAACUGCUUAGUGAUACAUCUACCACUCCCAGAUGACUAUAAGCCAAUUCUUACAAACUUGGCUGAAAACCAAGAAAGUAAUUCACAUGAAUAAACAAGUCAAUAAGCAGGACAAGUGGUGGUGCCUUUUAUACACAUUUCUUACAGUGAAAGAUCUAUUUUCUGAGACUAAGGAGAAAGCUUGGGUAACAAGAAAUUUAUUGAUAGACUAAUUUGUAUUUUGGAAAUAGAAAUCAUAUGAUUUUGAUGACAUUAUAUUUUAUAUGACCUAGAGGAAGUUUUUAGAAAGAUUGAGAUUACCCUAAGGGCUAGGGUAAUUAUGUGUGUAGAAGAAUUUAUCAGGCAGCUCUUUGGGCAAAUGUGAACAGGAGGAAAACCUAGGAAGGCUAUUGUCAGGAAGGACAAAACGUGUUGAGAAGCUGUCAUAAAUUCAAAAUAAGUUAAGUUUGGCAGUUGAAAAACUAUACUAAAGGAAUUUGAAAGCUAAUGAAAGAAAGUUUGCUUAAUUAAAAAUUCUGUUACUAACCCUGAACAUGAAAUAGAUUGUCAUGGGAUCAGGAGAUGAAUUAGGAAAUGAUAACCAUCUUGCUUAAACUUAUAAUGGGAGUAUCCAAUACCUUGUUGAUCAAAUGGGGAAAAAAGUAAUUUUAAAGGUGACAAAGGAAUUCUUUAUACUCUCAAGAUUCCGUCACAAUGUCAUUAAUUGCAUCUUCUUUUCUUUUAAAUAUAUUCACCAAGCAUUUGGAUUAUUUUCAUAAAAUGAUACAUAUUCCAAGAACUUAAAAAUCUCUGACUUAGAUAUCUGGCAAUAAUAAUUAAAAUAAUAAUAAUAAAGAAAUCAAAUCUUUAUUGUUAUUUAAUGUAUACAUAAUCGGAUAAUUUACUAAAAUAUUGUAAUUCUGGACUUCUUUGUCUUUUUAUAUGCCCAGCAAUUUUUAAAGUAAUUGGAGGCUCUGUGGUUUUCAUUUAUCAUAGAAAUAUCAAGUAUAUCCACAUUUUAAUUUAGUUUUAAGCAUUUUACUUCAUAAUCACUUGUGCUUUCCUAUUCUUUUAUGUGUCAGACAUCUUUCUAAUACAGUUAAAAAAAUGAAUCUAGAAACCAUCAUUCUCAGCAAACUGACACAAGAACAGAAAACCAAACACCACAUGUUUUCACUCAUAGGCGCGUGAUGAACAAUGAGAACACUUGGGCACGGAGAAGAGAACACUUGGGCACAGGAACGAGAACAACACUCACUGGGCUAGUGUAUCACAAUGAAUUCUGAACUUGACUAUUAUGAAAAGUUUGAAGAAGUCCAUGGGAUUCUAAUGUAUAAAGAUUUUGCCAAAUAUUGGGAUAAUGUGGAAGCGUUCCAGGCAAGACCAGAUGAUGUUGUCAUUGCCACCUAUCCUAAAUCUGGCACAACCUGGGUUUGUGAAAUCGUGUAUAUGAUCUAUAAAGAAGGUGAUGUGGAAAAGUGCAAAGAAGAUGUGAUUUUUAAUCGAAUACCUUUCCUGGAAUGCAGAAAUGAAAACGUCAUGAAUGGAGUUAAACAAUUAGAAGAGAUGAAUUCUCCAAGAAUUGUGAAGACUCAUUUGCCACCUGAACUUCUUCCAGCCUCAUUUUGGGAAAAGAAUUGUAAGAUGAUCUAUCUUUGCCGGAAUGCAAAGGAUGUGGCUGUUUCCUUUUAUUAUUUUUUUCUAAUGGUGGCUGGUCAUCCAAAUCCUGGAUCCUUUCCAGAGUUUGUGGAGAAAUUCAUGCAAGGACAGGUUCCUUAUGGUUCCUGGUAUAAACAUGUAAAAUCUUGGUGGGAAAAGGGAAAGAGUCCACGUGUACUUUUUCUGUUUUAUGAAGACCUGAAAGAGAAUACCAGAAAAGAGGUGAUAAAAUUGAUACAUUUCCUGGAGAGGAAGCCAUCAGAGGAGCUUGUGGACAAGAUUAUACAUCAUACUUCAUUCCAGGAGAUGAAGAACAAUCCAUCCACAAAUUACACAACUCUUCCAGACGAAAUAAUGAACCAGAAAGUGUCGCCCUUCAUGAGAAAGGGAAUUAUAGGGGACUGGAAAAAUCACUUUACAGUAGCCUUGAAUGAAAAAUUUGAGAAAAAUUAUGAGGAGCAAAUGAAGGAAUCUACACUGAAAUUUCGAACUGAGAUCUAAGAAGGCUUUUCUUAAUAUAUCUGAUUAAAUAUUUCAUUUUAUUAUUCUUCACGUUUUCUUAUUUUGGAUUGCUAUAAAAUACAUAAUCAAGGGUUAUGUUGACAUUUUCUUCUUAAAUUUUUAACAAUUUUUUUUUUGAGACAGAGUCUCAUGCUGUUGCCCCAGCUAGAGUACAGUGAAACAAUCAUGGCUCAUAGCAGCCUGGAUCUCCUCAACUCAAAUGAUCCUCCCACCUCAGCCUCCCAAGUAGCUAGAACUACAGGCAUGUAUAUGCAUGCUUGGCUAAUUUUUUUAAAGUUUUUUUCUAGAAAUGAGGUCUUAUUAUAUUGUUCAGGCUGGUCUUGAAUUCCGGGGCUCAACCCUCCCAAGUAGCUGCAGCAUCAGGCUCACAUCACCAUGCUCAACUAAUUUUUAUUUAUUAUUUAUUUAUUUUUGUAUAGAUAGGGGCUUGUUAUAUUGCCCAGGCUGGUCUCAAACCCUUGAGGUCAAGUGAUCCUCCCACACAAGCUGCCCAAAGUAUUGGGAUUAUAGGCAUGAUCCAUCAUGCCUGGCCCAGGUUACAUGUUUAUUGAGCUGCACAUAUAUACAAAAAGUAAGAAACUUUUUUCCCUACUAUCAUCUCUUAAAUUUUGUUUUAUUUCUUUUUCUUUUUCUUCCUCAUCUUUUCUACUUUUUAUAAAUAUUAUGCACAACUACAACCUAUGAGAAUAAUGUUGUAACACAGGUGAUUCAUCUUGUUAGAGCUGUAUUAAAAAUAAACAAGCAUUUCAGAUUA